AUGUGUCUUUAUCCAUCUUUUGCAAUUCUUCAGGUUUGUAGGUGCACUCCGAUGGUUGGAAGACAGACUCUCCGAAUGGACAGCGGUAACUGCUCCGGGGCCGUGGUGGAUGACAGCAGCCCUGCAUCCAGUCCGAGCUCCAGCCCCAGUCCGGACGGCCGUCGUCGGGAGCUGCAGCGGGCCAGGGUGCUCCAAACCGGCGGGCUCGGCGGGAGAGGACGCCCGGCAGCAGCUAACGCAGCGCGGGAGAGGAGCCGAGUGCAAACCCUGAGAACCGCCUUCCUGGAGCUACAAAGGACUUUGCCUUCGGUGCCGCCGGACACCAAACUGUCCAAACUCGACGUGCUGAUACUGGCCACCACGUACAUUGCGCAUUUGACUCGAACACUACAAGAAGAAGGGACGGAGGAAGGAGAGAGCACAAAGCAAACGGAGGCGUUACACUCACUGAAAGGUGAUGGCUACCUGCACCCAGUGAAGAAAUGGCCUAUGCGGUCCAGACUGUAUGUCGGAGCAACCGGACAGUUCCUGAACGCCACGAAUCACUCAGAGUCAGAGAAUCAAGGCCCAUCGUCGUCCUCCUCCCAGUAACGGGCUUAAAUCACAUGUACGAAACCAUUU